AUGGCUUGCUUUCUCCCAUGCCCAGACCUAGGUACCAAUCUGAUUGUUUCAAAAGAAGAGUUCUUUAGCUUCCACAACAUUGAUCGUCAACUCUUCACCCGUUUGGUGGUAGUACUAGGCCGUGACACCAGCCAAUCUACACAUGUCAUGGCCUUCAUUAUGUGGCUUGAAAAGCAAUGCAAGGAUAUGAAAAUGAUAAAGAACAUGCUCCAAUGGUCUGACACCAUGAUUGAUAGCCUUGCAGAUGAGGUCAUCUUGGUUUUGAAUUGCGUUGAGAGUUCUCAAUUCCCUUAUGAUGAUGUUGUUAACGAUGAAACCUUGCCUUUGAUCAAAAACAUCCUACAAAACAACGUUGCAAAUCUCAAAUACUUUUAUGAUAACCGUGUGACUAUCAUCGGAGCAGUCACCAAGUUACUUAACAAUGUUUGUGUCAGGGCCUUCAUAGAUAUAGUGCAUGAAGUGCAAUAUAUGAAGGCUAUGAAGGAACAAAACUUGCAGAUCGCAAAUAUCUAUGGAACUGAUCCAUAUGCAAAACAAGCAGUAUAUUAUACUCCACUGCCUAGUGUUACUUUUGUCUCCCAACAGGUUGCAAUACCAACACCACAAUGGAGUGAAGGGAACUCAAGUUCUCAGGAGACCAAUAUCAAUCCUCCUUUAGAGACUUGUGAUGUUUCAUACCAAACAGAUUUUAAUCAAAAUUUGAACGAGCUCUUGGCCAUGCUGAAUGAAACUAGUAUUACUACUAGUGCUAGUGAUGGGAAAAAGGAGGUGCUGGUUGAUGAUAGGAUUAUCUUUAUGACAUUCUCUAAAGGGUAUCCUAUUUCGGAGGCUGAAGUAAGAGAGUUCUUCGCAAGAAGGUAUGGGGAUAUCAUUGAAGCAUUUCAUAUGCAAGAUGUGGUUCCACCGCAACAACCAUUGUAUGCUCGCAUAGUGAUUCGCACUGAGGCCAUACAAUUCAUUGAUCAUUUGCUUGAGAGCACAAAUAAAGUGAAGCUCUCCAUCAAUGGGAAGCACGCUUGGGCAAGAAAAUAUGUUCGCAAGGGUAACAAGUCACCAAUGACUUCUCGAGCACCUUCCCCAACUUCAACAAGACCAUCUUAUUGA